AUUGCAUCAUCAGUGCAGCUACAAAGAACAGACCUCUAAUCACUUAUAUUAUUUAAACACGAAAAGAUCGUCUUGAAUUGACUCUUGAAAAUUUAUUAAAUAAUCUGUUAAAUAAAUUGUAGGAUCACACUGGCGGAUGGCAUUUGGUGGCCCGCGUUCGCACGAUUGAAUUGCGUUUUCAUCGUCAUUAACAAAAGAGAGCGGUGAGAAAAUUCAAUUUCAAACUGUUUUGCCGGAAAGUUGAUGAGAAACGAGAAGGAAUAUGGAAAGUGCACAACAGCAGAGUAGUAACGAAUUGAAAUCGAAGGAUAGGUUAGUCGGCCUAUUAGACCAGAUCGAGGUGCACGUAGAACAAUUACGGAAAGAUGCUUCUAGACUCGAGGAAGAGAAGGAUAGUCUACUCACGACCUUGGACACUCUCCGGAAUAAUGACAUCCUGGGCACUCUUGAGGAGCCUGACAGGGAUGAUGUCUUAAGGUAUGCGGAGAGGUUGUCUAUGCGAUGUUUGACUGUGGAUGUUUUGGUAAAAGUCCAACGUGAUCAUAUUCAGCAAGAAGCACUACAUCAGGUUAAUGGCCUGAUUGAUAGUCUGGUCGUGGGUUUGCGUCAGGAUCCCAGUGGUACUCGGCAAAGGUGUGCGGAAUUCAUGAAUGCAUGCUCCUCCCAUGGUAUAGGACAUUCCGAUAAAAUAUUUGAGACUGCCAUUCUGGGUUGCACAUUGGACGACCAAAAGCGCGUUAAGAAGAGGCUGCAGGGUUUGCUCGACUAUAUAGACAAGAUGCACAUCUUGGAGUUACAGUGAAGCCAUGGAUGGAGAAGAGAAGAGAUUUUCUAGCCAGAUAAAUCUAACGAACGUUUACGUGUUUCCUAUGUGGAUUUCAGACAAGAUAGAAGUUCUCCAGUUAAACUCUACAACACUCGUACUUAACGACAGAGGCCUGAUGGCGUUAUCUCGAUUGUAGCGGAUGCAGGGAGUACGUUUUGGACGUACUCCCGAGAAAUAACAUUCGUCGUGAAUUCUUUCUGUGUGAGCGUGACUUAUUGAUCAUCUCUUUACCUGAUAGAAAUCGCGAGUAUAAUUGCAAAUAAACCGCCACGCGGAAAUACUCCACCGUAUAGAAUAAGCAACUGGAUUUAGCGACAUUGCCUACUUCUUAACUGAAUAUUUAGAAACGGUCAUCUUAAGACACACUUAGCGUCUCGGCACUUCAGCAAAGAGGUCUACCUUUAAUCGACAAAGGGAUGUCUAACAUUGACGGCAAUUUUCCAAUGCGUUGUAUAUUUUAAAAUAAAACGAAGUUUUUCGAAGUCAUGUACAUACGGGGAAAAUGUAGAGUCUCUUAUGUUAUAGAGUGUCUGACGCAAGACACACGAUAUCACAUGUGUGGGUAGAGCACGUUCACCUGGUAGUGCCUUGAGCACGAAAACCUGGCAGUUUGCAAACAACCACGUGAAAUUUUGAGUAAAAAAGAAGAUUGGCGCGCUCUAAAAUAUGUAAAUUUUUUCUCAUUAUUUUGAAAUUUCACGUGUUUGCAAACUGCCAGAGACUUUCGUGCUCAAGUUAAUGUGUUCUACUUUCACAUGUGGUAUUGCAUGUUUCGUGUCAGACAUCCUGUAUAAUACAACAUUCUGUAUAGAGCGAACACCAAAAAGAACCUUUUUACACUCUUUGCGUGGUUAUUUUUAACCAAUUAGUAUUAAUCAGUUGAUAUGUGUUUGGAGUGUGCCGGAAAGCAAUGAUUUUAUGAUCAGUCAUUUUUUUAUGAUCAAAAAUCAAUUUCGAAAGAAAUAUAUAUUUUAGAAAUUUUGCGAUUUCUCGCCGACGCUCAUAUGUUUUCGAGUCUUCCUCGCUUUCAUUCUCUUCUUUCGUUUGCGCCGUAAUGUACUUAUUAGUUACAUUUCUGAAAGCCUACGCGUUUUUCUCGAGAACGCCUUAGUGUCAGAGAUUUAUUUUGUUUCUAGCAAAAUGUACAAAGAAUCAUUGUGUUCUGUAAUGAUACAAUAAAAAUACGACAUACGAUAGACUUUAA